AUGAAACUGUGUGAAAAGAAUGAACUAACAAACCCAGGGGUUAGAAUUGUCUCAGAAGACAGAGGAGGUUGGAGAACUGACCCACUUGACAAAAAUGGGCUUUGGCAACGCCUCACCAAGGAGCAGCCUGUCUCUUCCCUCUACCAAACCCCAUUACAAGAUUCAGAAUGGUUCACACUGAGUCCACAAGAGAAAUUGGCCUGGGCGAAAGUGUCUAAGGACCCUAGGGUUGCUGUAGGUCAACAGUCUCCACUGGAGAAAAAGAUCUCGAACCUAGGUGGUGUGCAUACAACAGCAGCGAGACAAUUGAUAAUUCAGAAGCAUCGAGAAGAAUAUGAAAUACUCUGCAGGGAGCAAGCUCUUUCUCUUGACUACUGGCUUGCUAAAGCAGAGUCUUAUUAUAAUAAAAGGAUAAUGACCAUGAUGAAAGAAGAAGAGACAGACAUUGAAAUGAAGAAGGAAAUGGAGGAGACCAUAACUCAAAGCAUAGAGGGGCAAAAAUGUUACUAUUUGGUACCUGAGAGAGAGUUGAAACACAUGGAAAGGCACAUACAUCGAACAAACCAGGCCAGAGGACUUAAAAAGAAAACAGUUAGGCAACAACCGCGACCCCCUGAUAAAAUCACAUUACCGAAAAUUGUGCCAGAAGAACACAGCAUGCAGAGUGCACAAAGAAGAAGAAAGGUAAAAGAAAGGGAACAGAUGCAAAUAAAAAAUCACCAGGAACGCAUGAUUAGAGGGAGAGAACUCAUAGAGCAAAAACUCAAGGAAAGAAUCUUGAGGAAAUGUCAGAACCAGCUACCUAAACGUGAGAAGUGUGAGAGAGUAAAGAAAGAGAUUAAAGAGUUUGAAAGAGUUGUUGCAUAUCCACUUUUCCAGCCAGACAGCAGAAGUCAGAUUAAAGUGAAUAUUCUUAUGGAAAAGUCUCAGAAUAGAGAGAUAGCAAGUACAAUUGUAAGACCAGCUGAAAGAAAAUUCUUGGCUGUGCCACCCUUCUUGAGAAGUCAAAUAGGAAAAAUAAAACAUUAG